CCCACUCCCAUAGCUCUCUCUAUCCUUCACAGAAGCUAUAACCUUCAAAGGCUUCACAAACCCCAAAAUCCCCUCUCUCUAUUGUGGGGUUCUUUCUUCUCAACUCUGGUACUUCAUUGUGAAAAUCCAAAUACCUGAAAUCAUUCAUGCCUACAAUGUCCCACAAUUGCAACCCCAAAGAUUCAGAACAAUUUUACCUUUCUUGGAACAUAACAAAGCUUGUAACUUUCUGCUUCCUCUUAGCCUCCAUAUCCUACCUCUUAUGUUCCUUAGGAGUGGUCACAAAUUCACAUGAUUGUGACAACAAAAAAGCUUACCUUGUUCCCAUCACCACACACAUUGUUAAUAAUGCUCCUCCUCCCACAAUUGAAGAAACCACCCCAGAAAAAGUAACACCCUCUGAAAUUGAACCCACCAGUAUUUCCCACAUAGUGUUUGGCAUAGGAGCCUCAUCCAAAUUAUGGAAUCACAGAAAAGAGUACAUUAAAUUAUGGUGGAGACCCAAUGUAACAAGGGGCAACGUGUGGCUAGACCAAGAAGUGCAACAACCUGAGGCAGGGGAUGAGUUUCUUCUUCCAAGAUUGAAACUUUCUGGUGACACUUCAAAGUUCAAGUACAAGCACCCAAUUGGGAACAGGAAUGGGAUUAGGAUUUCCAGGAUUGUUUCAGAGACAGUGAGGCUUGUGAAGAAGGAAAAGAAUUUGAACAAUGUGAGGUGGUUUGUGAUGGGGGAUGAUGAUACUGUGUUUGUGACUGAGAAUUUGGUGAGGGUGUUGCAGAAAUAUGAUCAUAAUCAAUUUUAUUAUAUUGGGGCAUUUUCAGAAAGUCAUGUUCAGAACAUAAAAUUUUCUUACAACAUGGCUUAUGGUGGUGGUGGGUUUGCAAUUAGCUAUGGAUUGGCUAUGGCUUUGGAGAAGAUGCAGGAUAGGUGCAUACAGAGGUACCCUGCAUUGUAUGGAUCUGAUGAUAGGAUUCAAGCUUGCAUGGCUGAGCUUGGUGUUCCACUCACUGUUGAGAAAGGGUUUCACCAGUUUGAUGUGUACGGCAACGUGUUUGGGCUCCUAGCAGCCCACCCCAUCACACCACUAGUCUCCCUCCACCACCUGGACCUAGUCGAGCCCAUAUUCCCGAACAUGACCCAAAUCCAAGCCCUAAAACACCUCCUCCAAGGUCCAAUAAAACUUGACCCACACGGCAUCAUGCAACAAUCCAUUUGCUACGACAAGAACCGGGACUGGACCGUGUCUGUUUCAUGGGGUUACGCAAUUCAAAUAUUUCGGCGGGUUUUCUCUGCCCGGGAAAUGGAGAUGCCGGCAAGAACGUUCUUGAACUGGUAUCGGAGGGUGGAUUACACUGGGUUCCCGUUCAACACAAGACCUUUCAGCCGCAAUUCCUGUCAGAAACCGUUUGUUUUUUACUUGGCGGAUGUGACGUUUGAUGGUGAGAGGAAUGAGAGUGUAACGAGGUAUGCGAGGGUGCACCCGAAUCCGAAGUGUAAGUGGAAGAUGGCAAAUCCAGAGACAAUCCGAAUGGUGACAGUUGUUAAGAAACUCGACCCGCACUUGUGGGAUAAGUCUCCAAGAAGAAAUUGUUGCAGGGUUCAACCCACAAAGGAGGAGGGAACUCUAGUGAUUGAUGUAGGGGAAUGUAGAGAAGAUGAAGUUGUUGCAUUGUGAUAAAAGGCAUGUGAAAUUGCUUAAGUACCUUCUUUAAUUUUGAUAAUUCUUCACUCAAAUCAUCAUCUCUUGUAUCUAGUUAAUUUUUCGUGUGAAAUUACACACGAAAAAUGUAAUAUAUCUUAUAGUUUUCUUUUACUCAUUAGACAUCAAACUUGAAUUACAAACAACAUGAGCCUUGUGUAUAUUUGUUGACUUGA